CCCUUCCCCAUGCGCCUCCACCUCGUUUCCUCUUUUCUCUCCGCCGGUUUCCUUUUGUUUUCCUCGGUGGCGAUGAGCGCAGAGUUGGACCGGUGGCUUGAGCGGGAGUGGGGCCAGCGCUGCUAGCCUGCUAUCUGGGCGCUAAGCGGACGCCACCUCCACGUCGCUCCUCGCAGCCCCAGAAGGAGAGUCCCGGUGCCGCGGUCAGUAAUCGGGAGCCGGAGGCGGAGCAGGAGCGGGAGCCACAACUUGGGGGACCUGCUGCCUCUUGAAAUUGUGCAUGCUGGGCAACUACCUCAUUCCAUUGGACUGAAGGAGUCAUCAUAUCAUUAUCAUCUUCCUCAUCACUAUCAUCAUCAUUGCUUUACAACUGUAGAACCAACUACAAAGUACUUUUCUCGAAACUGUCCCAUGAGGGGUAUGGUCUAGUGGUCUGGCCUUAAGACUUGGAGUCUGGGAGCCUGAAAAUUCUCAUCUCAAUUCUGAUUCUGAAUUUUCUUGGCCUUAGGUUUUAAGUUAUCUGGGAGGACAGAAUGGGAAAGCAAAAUAGCAAGCUCCGUCCUGAGGUGCUCCAGGAUCUCCGGGAAAACACUGAGUUCACAGACCACGAGCUGCAGGAGUGGUACAAAGGGUUUCUAAAGGACUGUCCCACUGGCCACUUGACUGUCGAUGAGUUCAAAAAGAUAUAUGCCAACUUCUUCCCCUAUGGAGACGCAUCGAAGUUCGCAGAACACGUCUUCCGCACCUUCGACACAAAUGGUGAUGGGACGAUUGACUUCCGGGAAUUCAUCAUUGCCCUGAGUGUCACCUCUCGGGGGAAGCUGGAACAGAAACUGAAGUGGGCGUUUAGCAUGUAUGACCUUGAUGGUAAUGGCUACAUAAGCCGUGGGGAGAUGCUCGAAAUUGUACAGGCCAUAUACAAAAUGGUAUCUUCAGUAAUGAAAAUGCCUGAAGAUGAGUCCACUCCUGAGAAGCGAACAGACAAAAUUUUCCGGCAGAUGGACACAAACAAUGACGGCAAGCUGUCACUGGAAGAAUUCAUUAAAGGUGCCAAGAGCGAUCCUUCCAUUGUCCGGUUGUUACAGUGCGACCCAAGCAGCGCAAGUCAGUUCUAAACCUACCCACAUCUGGACAGUUGCAAAGAGCCACUGGCUUGUCAUUCCAGCUUUGCUUACAAAAAUGGAUGCCUUCUCAAACCAUUCCUCUGCUGUUCUCGGAUAAGGUCCCCUGGUCCAAUGGUUUCCCUCCAUGCAGCAACAUGGCCGGCCGCAACUCCCUGAUCAUCCAUGCCAGGGCCAAAGUCCUUGGUCAUUCAAAUUUAUUUCUGGUUUUCUUCUGUCAUCCUGAUUCCUUUACAGAGCCCUAAUAUCACUUAGAGAUAUAUUUCAUGCAGACAGCAAGGGGGGAUUUGGCUCCAGGGGUGGGAGAUAUCUCCCUUCACUUGGGGAAUUGUAUGAAUAUGUUCUAAUAACCAUGAGAAGAGCUGAGAUAGGACUUUAUAAAAUAGAGCCAAGGUUAGCUAAUUUAUUUUGCUUUGAAAAUGACUCUUUGAAGAGUUGGGAGCUACAAGCAGACAGAACGAACCCUUUCCUGUGCAUGAUUUUAUUCUUUUUCUUUUUGUUGGGAAAAAGUGGCUUGCACUUAUCCGAUGAUGGUCUUUGCUUUCUUUUAAUAUAUAAAUUUAUAUAUAUAUAUAUAUAUAUAUAUAUAUAUAUAUAUAUAUAUAUAUAUAUAUAUAUAUAUAUAUAUAUAUAUAUAUAUAUAUGGUGAAGUACAGUUUCAUGCUAAGGUCACCUAUUUAAUGCAUCUGGUAGCUUUUCCAGCUUUUUCCUCCCUUAGUAGCCUGUGAUUAACCCAAUGCUAAUUGUUUUGUGGUAUUUAUGCAUCUGCAACUUGAUGUCUUUCAGAAGAAAUGCAUGUUUAGCCUUUACUGUGGCUAUUCCACUGUCCAAUACCUGAAUGCACCAUAUUUGUUCAAGGUUCGUUUUUCCUGUUGGUUGGUCCAGCUUGUCCUGUAUUAAAAUCAUAAAAUAAAAGGAAUGAUCUGAAGCUUGCAUUUUUCUGUCAAAGUUCCACCCUGGGGCAUGUGGCAUCCAGUGGUCACCGUCCUGUAAGGGGCAGUUACUCCACUCACCCUGCUCUUUGUAAACAUUGCUCCCCCCUCUUCCCUUACACUGUCACUGUGUUGAUCAAUCUUAUGCAUUCCAGUGUUAUUUAAUAUCUGCCUAAUGCCAAGAGUUAUUAAUUGAAAUAAAACAAUGACUUUUCUUGUCA